AAACAUUUUAUUUCAUUUGAAAAAGCAAAAAGCAGUUACAAGUGAUUUUGUAUUUCUUCUAUCUUCUGUUUCUUUUAAUAUACCAUUUUUCAGGACUAAAUUUCCUUUCUAAUAACUUUGAUUUGAUUGAGGUGUAAAAUUAAAUUGCGCGGUGUACUAGGGAAGAUCUGUUUCGUGAUAGUGUGUGUAUAUAUAUCUAACUCUGAUCAAAAUUGUGAAAUUCCCUGACAAGUUCUUCUUCUAUUCUCAAUUUCACCAACACAGGGUUGGUUCGUUUCUUCUGCAAUGGCUGCUUCAUCUUCACUUUUCUCCUACUCAAUGCACAUGGAGGUGUUUGCUCCAAAGAUAUCAAAAUGCAGCAAAGAUUUUAUAUGCUGUCAUAGAAAAAUUUCCUAUACAGAACCUAGUUAUUUAAAAUCAACAUGCUAUCCUAUUUCACGAUUUUUAUGCAUAAACAAUUUGUCAAAAUGGGGGAAAAUGAAAAAAACCAGGCAAGGAGAUGGAAUCCAUUACUUUUCGGAUGGGCAGAAAUUUCAACUUGAUGAUGUUAUUGAAGCUCAACAGUUUGAUAGAGAUAUUUUCAAUGCCAUUUUUGAGGUUGCACGAGAUAUGGAGAAUAUUGAGAAGAAUUCUCCUGGAAACCAAAUUUUAAAGGGUUAUCUUAUGGCUACAUUAUUUUAUGAGCCCUCUACUAGAACUAGACUUUCAUUUGAGUCUGCCAUGAGAAGACUAGGUGGAGAUGUUUUAACAACUGAAAAUGCUAGAGAGUUUUCAUCCGCAGCUAAAGGAGAGACGCUUGAAGAUACAAUAAGAACAGUUGAGGGUUACUCCGACUUAAUUGUGCUUCGACACUUUGAAAGUGGUGCUGCGAGAAGAGCUGCAGAUAUAGCUGGGAUUCCAAUAAUCAAUGCGGGCGAUGGUCCUGGACAACAUCCGACCCAGGCACUUUUGGAUGUUUAUACCAUUGAAAGAGAAAUUGGAAAGCUUGAUGGUAUAAAAGUUGGGUUUGUGGGAGACUUAGCUAAUGGGAGGACAGUUCGUUCAUUGGCCUACUUGCUUGCAAAGUACAAAGAUGUUAAAAUUUAUUUUGUCUCUCCUGAUGUGGUAAAAAUGAAGGAUGAUAUAAAAGACUAUUUGACAUCAAAGGGAGUGGAUUGGGAAGAAAGUUCUGAUUUAGUGGAAGUGGCCUCGGAGUGUGAUGUGGUUUAUCAAACUCGUAUUCAAAAAGAAAGAUUUGGAGAAAGACUUGACCUUUAUGAAAAAGCUAGAGGCAAGUAUAUUGUGAAUCAGAAUAUUCUCAAGGUGAUGCAGAGACAUGCUGUGGUUAUGCACCCUCUUCCAAGACUUGAUGAAAUCACUGUGGAUGUUGAUUCUGAUCCAAGGGCUGCUUACUUUAGGCAAGCCAAAUACGGUUUAUAUAUUCGAAUGGCUCUUUUGAAACUCUUGCUUGUUGGGUGGUAAACCUGCAAUUCAUCUUCAAAAUGUAUGCAAGAUGCUGAAUCGUCAAUCAUACCUCCUUUUGCUUCUGGUUGCCCCAUCCUUUAAUAUAUACUUUCCCUUUUUCUUUUUCUUUAUACUUUCUAAUCUUAUAAUAGGUCUUGCAAUUGGAAAGAGUAGUUCGAGGAGAUGGUAAAACGAUUUAUAGUGCAUGUUCUUGACAGCAUGCUACUAAUUUUACAUUUUGAUAUCCACAGUAAGAUUGUUUUCAACUUACUAAUUACUCUCCAUGUGACUUCAAUAAGGUACACUGAAGAAGUUUUAUGCGUUUUAUGCAUGAAGUUCAGAAUUCGAAUAGUAGAAACUCUGCCAGCGUAUGAGAAUUUGUUUGCAAUUUUAUCUUAAUUUGUAUGGGGAGCAGUGUCAAGAGUUUUGAUUUUGAAGAGAAAUUUUAAUUGGCAUGGUAGAUUAAGAGUAUCUGUGUAUGUUUUUAUGUUUUUUU